UAAAUAAACCAUCGCAUUCGCAAAUUACAAGUGUAACUGUUCGAACAUUUCCUAACGUGUUAACCGUCUACCUGAAGUUAGAUUGUUGCAUCGUUAUCAAACUUAAAAAGUUUAUUUACGAUGCUUUAGUACCGUUUUAAAUCUAAGUCUAUUUUUUAUACACAUUAUUUAUAAUCGCGUAAAAAUACCGAAAUUCGGAAAAUAUUGCUGAAGUGCAGUGUCACGUUGAUUAUGGAAUGAUAAGCAAGUUUUGUUGUGGCAUUGCCGGGAACGUGAUUCAAUACAAUUUACCUUUAUAUUGACCAAUUGAUCUAAAUUGAGUAGUACUAACAGAACAGUUCCGAAGAGUACUGGUUGUAGUUGAUAACUCCUACAUUGUAAUAUACAGACCUGUUGUUCAUUAUCAAAGCUUAAAUUUCAAAAUCGAAAUAGCUCAAACUCAACUCAAUCCUGUCAAUUGUGUCUUUUGUGUUCAGCGCCUUAAGGGACUUGAGCAAAUUUCAAACAGUAAUAAAAGCAUAAUCAAAUGCCUGCAAACAGCUUUUCGAAUGGAGGUUACGAGAAAGUAUCCUUGCUGGACGAAUUCGAUGAAAAUGAAAAUUGUUUCAAUAAUACAUCGGUUACCGAAACGAAAACCAAUGGAAACCACACAUACAAUUUCGAAUUUUCGCCAGCAGAUUUUGGAGUAACCAAAAAUGGCCACAUUCCGGACACAAAGGUAGAAAUGUAUCCAGAAAAAUUUUUCGAAGACGAUCCAAAAUUUCCGAAAGAAAAGCGAAAAUUAUUAUUCGCCUUUCUGGCAAUGGUUGGCGGUUUCAUUAUCAAUGAUGUGUCCAUCGUUCUAACUCAUCAAAAGGUUCCCGAUAAACAAUUACAUCCGCCGUUGCCCGAUAUUAUGCUGGAUAAUGUUACGAAAGUUCGAUGGUUGAACGAUGUAGCUGAUAUUUUAGUCAUUUUAUCAAUUUUACUGUCUGUGUCAAUUGUUGCAUUGCAUAGGCAUCGGUGGAUACUAUGCAGAAGAGUCUUCCUGCUCCUGGCCAUGCUAUACAGCUUUAGAUCGGUGACAAUGUACGUAACAGUAUUGCCACUAGCGAACGACCAUGUGUACUGUUCUCCAAAAAUGAGUGAAUCCCUUUCAAUUGGACAAAAAAUUCUUACAAUUGCGGAAGAGGUUCUGAAGCUAUUGCAAUCUGGAGGCCUGCCAAUAACUGGCAAAAAGACCAUGUGCGGAGAUUACAUUUAUUCCGGACAUACAAUCAUCCUGAUGAUGGCCAAUCUUCUUGUUAGUGAAUAUAUUCCAAAGCGUUACAAUUUACUUCACUGGAUGUCCUGGAUUACCGCUUGGAUCGGAAUGAUUUGUCUGUUGGUUUCGCAUGGACAUUAUACUAUUGAUGUGAUUGUUGGUUACUACACAACGACUAGACUGUUUUGGAUUUAUCAUACAUUUUCCAACCACACUGAUCUGAAGAUAAGAUCAUCAGCAAAUUCUUUGUCGAAUAUUUGGUGGUUUCGUGCCUUUCAAUACUUUGAAGUUAAUGUAUCAGGAAAAUUGCCAAAAGAAUACUCAAUUUCCAGAUUGCGUAGAAGAAUACAGACAUUUUCAUCUAGAUAGAAUUUUGUUAGCAUAAUUAAUUUUUUGUGAUUGUAAUUGUUAUUUAUUGACGUUUUGGACAUAA